AUUAACUAGUCAUUAACUUAUAAAAUAAAAUGUUAAUUGGUACAACAAUGGGAAAUGCAAGACAAAAUAAUUUCACUGUUGACGGUUAUUUUUAAAAAAUUAACAACACGCAAGAUGUUUGCUACGACGUUGUGCGCAAGACCUACUUGGUUGAACUCUCUUCUGGUUAUUUUUAAAAAACAGAAUUAAUGCUCAAACCAAUAAAUUUGUAAUUAUUAGUAGUAAAUUCCUGCUUUACUGGUGUAAUAAAAAUGGAUAAAGAAUCAUUUGUUCCGAUGACACCGCCAAAUAAUUUUGUAAAAGAACUUCGAGUAGUAUUGGAUCAACAGAAUAUACUUACUGCAAAAACUAAACAAAAAGUUUUAAAGGAUUUAGAUCAUCAUAUUAGUGAUGAUAAUGAAAAACGAAUAGCAAAAUUGAGAACCAGAGCUAUUCAAGAAAUAUGUGUAUCUGAAACAAGUUAUAUUCAUCAAUUAGAUAAAUUGAUAACGUACUUCAAACGUCCAAUUGAAGAACAGAAAUUGGCAUCUAAUCAAAUAUUAAGUAAAUUGUUUGGCAAUGUUGAAACAAUAUUAAAUGUGAAUAAAGAACUAUUAGUUCAAUUACAUCCAGCUAAAGAAAAUGUUGGUGAAGUAUUCUUAAGUACUGCACCAUUUCUAAAAUUAUAUUCUGUUUAUGCAUUUAAUUACAAAAAUGUAAUAGAUACUUUACAAGAUUUGCCAAAACUUCAUCCAAAACUUCAUAGAUUUAUCUGUGCUCAAGAAACUAGACCUGAUGUUUCUGCUAAAUUAAACUCUUUAUUAAUAACACCAAUUCAAAGAAUACCACGAUAUUUAUUACUAUUACGAGAACUAUUGAAUUAUACUCCAGAAGAUCAUAAAAGCUUUAAUGAAAUCAAAGCUGCUCUCGAUCAAAUAAGUAAAGUAGCUGACCAUAUCAAUAACUUGGUACAAGAGCAAGAAAAUAUGUCUCGUUUAGUUAGUAUUCAGCAUAGUUUAUCAGGUUGUGGUAAGGUUAAUAUUGUGUUGCCUGGGCGUAAACUGAUAAAAGAAGGACCUUUAAUGAAAGUGUCACCUGAUGGAAGUACAUCAGUACCUCGAUAUUUAAUACUAUUGAGUGACAUGGUUUUGUAUUGCAAAGAGUGGGUUGAUCCUGAUAAGUUAAACUGCCUUCGAGUUUUACCAUUAAAUAAUUGUAUUGCAAAAUCUAUAAUGUAUAAACGAGGAUUAUUUUCUAUUAGCUGUCAAUCAAUAGAAUUAGUGUUUUAUACAAUGGAUGCUCCUCAUUCUACAUGUUCUUGGGUAGAAAUGUUACAACAAGCUAUUAAUAAUUGUAAAGCCAACUCUUUAAUGCCAAUUAAAAGAUGUGGUCCUUUAAAAUUAGUCAAAAGAAAAAAAGGCAUUGCAGAUAAAUGUAAAAAUGAUGAAAAUUGUUACUCUAGCCCUUCAAAAAAAGCUAAAUCUUCUUAUGAUCAAAAGGAUACAACUGUUGCAAGACCUGAUUGUAAUAUAUCAUAUAUGACUUCAGCAAAAAAUCUAGUUUUUAGUUUUGGAUCAACUUUAAAAAAGUUAGUUGGAAGAAAUUCAGUUUAAAUAAAAUUAAUGUUAAAACAAUUUUAAAGAACAAGUUCUAUUAUGACUGGUGGUUAAGUUUUAUUUUGUAUAAGAUCUCAUUUUUUUAUCCUAUAUUUUUUUUUCUUUGUAACAAUUAAAUUACACUUAUUCCCUUUCUGUAUGUUUAACUAUACUUUUAUCAUUUAAUUUUAUUAUGAAUUUUUUUUAUUAUUAUGCAAAACUGUAUUUUUUAAAUUUUUUAACCAUAAUAUAGUAAGUUAUAAUAAUGUAUGAUUCAUUUUUAUUUUCUGAAGUCUUUAUUUAUAUUAUAUUGACUAACAAUUAAAUAAUUUAGAGUUUUUCCUUA